AUGAUGUCCCGCGUCGUUGUCUUCCUCUUCGCCUUCCUCUACCUCCUCGCAGGCUCGCAGGUUUACGCUGCCCCCGCGCAGGAGAUCGCCGCGCGCCAGCUCGGCAACCUCCAGUGCAACAUCGACCGCCUGAGCAUCGUCGCGGGCCUCGCCAGCCUCCAAGGCACCCUCAAGAAGAUCGCGUCCUCCGACAACUCGACCGCGGACUCCGUCGCGACCGUCCAGGACGCCGUCAGCGGCGCGCAGGGCGCGAUCGGCGUGAUCGCGAAGGCGCUCCUCACCGGGCAGGCCGCGCCCGCCGCCGCGCGCGACCAGGUCCAGGGCAACCUCACCGCCGCCGCGACCGCGCUCGCCGACGUCACCUCGACGGACUCGGCGACCUCGAGCAUCAUCGCCAAGGCCGGCACGCUCCUCACCAAGUCGGGGGCGGCCGGCGAGGGCGUCGUCGCCAACUGCAAGUGA